UGUUUAUGUGCUUCAGUUUUGAAUUACAGCGGACACGUAUUUCGGAAGUUAUGACGCGCUUUGUUUGGUACUAUGAUGACAUACAAUAUAUGUUCAGAGAAGCUGGUUUCCACGAGUGAACUACGCAUAAGAGCACUAUGACGGACUUCGCAAUCUAGUUUAUUCAAAUGAUAUUUUGUGCUGUGAACCAAAAUUAUUAAACGAAUUUUAAGGAUCAACGUUACGGCCCGGAAGUAACUACCAUGAGUUGCCCCUCAACGAUGUCUUGACCCCCCAUGAGGAAGCUCUAGCGUUUCGACCUAGUUUGAAUAUUCUCCCAUCUCGUCAGUUAAUUUCCCGUUUCAGUGAAGGCUCUUAAAGGACUUAAGAAAACGAUGAAAAAGUUAGACCAUAUAACGAACAAUAUCUCAUCAAGUUUCAGACGGAUCGAACCUUUUAGUUCUGUGUGUAACAUGCUGAUUGGACGAUUUCACCUACCCCCUCCACUGAAGUCUACUACGUAAAGCUUUGCGUAAUUCACAGUUAAACUUUCUGUAUAUAACUUAAACUUGGUUUUGCAAAACCUCUUCAUCUCGUUUCCCUGCUCCGUUGCCUUCCGGGUCGUGCAAUGUAAGAUUUCUUUCCGUUUGGAAUUCUAUGUUAUUUUUAAUUUAAUUGAGAAUAUAUUGCUUAAUCUAUGGUAUCCAUUGAUGUAGUCACACUGUUGUUUGGGGACCGUUGACUGCGAGCGAUGUCGUUCGAUUAGUAACGGAGGCGUUAUUCAUCUAUAACAACGAACCCGAAUGGGCGACAUUGCGCAGCUUUAUAAGAAUCGACAUGUCACUUCUCUCAAAGUAUAGCCCGUUUUCCGAAGAGGAAGCUAAUGAUGCAAAUGUCAAAGUAUAUUCCCCUUCCGGGGACAGCUUCUGCAUGAAUAACGUGCUGCAUACAAAGGAGAGCGUGCUAGAAGCCAUUGAGUUAUUGAACAAGCUUGGGAACUCGUUGAAGACGAUUGUUCUUAAAAGUCGUUUCGUGCAUUUCGCUGAUGACGUUGAUAAUAAUUGCACGAUGCUUCUCAAAAGCAUACUUCAGCACAGUCCGUCAUUAAACCACCUACAUCUUCAGGGCAUUCCACUACAGAACAAAAUUUUCAUUGAGCUGCUUCAUAAGUCACACUUAAAAACAUUGGUGCUCGAUAGUAACGGCUUGGACAGUAACAUAUUAAGCAAUCUAGAUGUGUACCUUAAGGCUGGCUUGGAGGAACUACGAAUCGAAAAAAACACUGUCAGAGGAGCAGCAGUAAAUGCGGUAGCAAGAUUACUUAGCCAGUGCAGUGUUCUUAAAAAGCUUUCAUUGCAAAGUUGUUCUCUCCAGUCCACCGCCAUGGAGAAGCUCUUAAGCACGAUUAGCUCCUCAUUAACCGGCCUUGUCGAGUUGAAUCUCUUUGAUAACGACGUCGGCCAAAACAGCCAUUUACUUACCAAUAGUCUCGAGCAAUUUAUUCAUCUACGAAGUGUCAACCUCGGUGCUUGCAGUCUAACGGAUGGCGCUGCCGUCGCGUUCAUGACUAAGUUCCAACGACUUAAGGUCGAGUACGUCAAUUUCUCAUCGAAUCUCAUCACAAAAGGGGGCUGUAAUGAUAUUCUGAAAGCUCUUCGUGGUUCAAAGAUUAAGACACUCGUACUCUGGGGCAAUCCAUUUUGCGUUGCCGAAAACAGUGCGUAUAUAAUUCGGCAGGUGGAAGUUCUGAUAGCUGAGUACAAUAUCAAAACGCGGCUGAUAUGGAAGCGUCAUGACCAGCCAGAGCGAAUGGAGGAGAUCCGUCGUCGGCUAGACUGGAGUGAAAUUGAACUAUUCAUCAAUAAACCUAACUUGGAAAUGUUCAUUAGGAUACGAAAUGUGCCUGAGAAGACUUUUCUUUAUCUUCGCAAUUUUCAGCAAGCAUCAUUGAAAUCCCUGGUCAAUUUACUGUUCAAUAUAUUGAAAUUUUAUUGCGAUUUUCAUGACCAAAUCGAACACCGCAGCUCGAUGAUCGCGCCGAACUUUCUCAAGCAAGAUGUCAUUAGUAUGUGUGAGCUCGUAUUGUUCUGUUGCCUAACGCCAAUUUUCUCAAAAAGAGCUACAGAAGACGAUCUAACGCUGGAGAUAGCAUCGCGACUGUCUGCUUCCACUACGCCGAGCGAGGACACUAAAGGAGACGGGGAGCCUCCUAGAAACGAUUCGCCGGCAGUAUCAAGAGCGUCCGUGGCAUUAGGAGCAAUUCUGUUACGAGUCGAACAUUUAAUUACAUUACCAUUAACAUGUGCAGAAAAAGGGGCCAUGUAAUCUCAGACUAUUUGUGCGAAUCCGCAACCUUU